AUGAAACGGCAAUUUUCAGCCAUCAAUCUCUUCCUAGAUAAGAAGAUUCGUGAUACUCUUUUAUGGCACGUCACAAAAGCAGAUCUUGUAUCUCUGCGGCUGGUGUGCCAGGAAUUGAGUAUCCAAACCGCUUCCACGCUGUUUGCCAAAGUUGAGAUUCACUUUCGAAGCACCACAUUCACCCGGCCCGCAAGGAUGGCCGCGCUUGAGCGUAUCGGUGGAUUUGUCAAGACACUCACCUUCCGAAUUUUGCAUUUGCCGGAGACAUUUUUGCCACCGCUGCUUAAUCCGCAUACUGGAGAGGAACUGACCUUUGUUUACAUGCCUCAAAUCCAUGCGCCUCUGUGCACAGGGUCAAGACUCAGUAUUCCUAAAUACGGAUCAUGGGAAAUGACGGAUCUUUUGACAAAGCAAUAUCCACCACUGUUCCAUGCCGCUACCAAUAUCCCGUCAUUCAUCCGUGCAUUCACAGCAAUGCCGUCUCUUUUUCACCUGGUAAUCUCCUGCGAUGGCCAGGCUCCCAGUCACCGCUACCGGCGCAGUAUUGUCGACUACGCUCUUAUAUCACUUCGUAUAGCCAUUGAGCAGGCGCCUUUAACACGACUUAAGGAAUUAUCCCUGCUCCCAGUUCAUCCCUCGGCGCUUCUUUACCUUCGGCACAUAGCUGGUUUUGGCGCCUCUCCGGCAGCGGGGAAAAGGUGGAUGCAGAUACAGAAGCUGAGGAUUCACAUGGACAGCUUUCCUUUCGUGGCUGGAAAUCCCACCGACCACCUAAAAUUUCUGCAUUCGUACCUUGAAGGGUAUAAAAAUAUAACGAAACUUGAGUUUCGUUGGUUAGGGGAAAAGGGACCGUGCCCGUUUACAUUGUCAACAGAGCCAUGUCUGAAAGCUUCCUCAAAGCUCUUGCCGGUCUCUCCCAAAUACGUGGCCUCUAGGAGGUUGAAGCCAAAGCCGCUCACGUUUCCCUCUCUUUGCUAUAUGGAACUACAAAACGCAGUAGUAGACGCAACACAAGUAUCAUCAUUCAUUCUAAACCACCGCCGCACUGUCCGAGAAUUCAAUUUUGAAGAAACCACGUUGCGCAGGGGAACUUGGGACGAGGCUCUAGCACCCCUUACUCGAAAGCUCUCUGGUAGUUCACGGCGAAAUAAACAGUCCCUUCCCGUGGAGGUUAUGGAAGUGCCAAUCAUGUUUAGUCCGGUAGGAAUGGAUGUACGCCAACUCCAGAACGCGAUUAUGGAAGAAGUGAGGAGGGGUUGCUUAAGGCACUCCAAGCCAUACACCAAUCUGCAACGGGCGACACCGAAAACUCGUGGGCUGUGGUGCAAGCCGGAUCAUGUGAAACGAUUUUUUCGGUCUUCAGUUUUAGGUUGGAGAUGA